UUUAAGGUAAAAGUCCCUAUUAUGAGACGAUGUCCCCAUUUAUGAUACACUUCAUAAAAAUACUAUUUUAUAAAAAAAAAACACACCCCUAGCAUACUAAAAGUAUAAUAAAUAUAUUAUUUCAUCUAUUUCAAAAGCAAUUUUCGACUUUGGCUGUUAAUUAAUUCCAUACUGUUUUUAAAAAAUAUUUAUUAAAGUGCGAGGUUUGUUAUUUGUGCUCAAAGCCACGACCAAGAAUAGUAAAACGACAACGGCAACCUAGUUUUUUAUGUUAGUGUAAUUUUAUUGUGUCUUCUACUUUUAUAUUAAAUUGUAUAUCAAUUGAAAGCUGAUGAUUAAUAGAUUUUAUUUCUAUACACAUUUAUGCAUUUUUUUUUAUUAUAAUAUUUUAAAUCUGAGUGUCUCACAAUGCCUACACUUAUUUACGUUAAUGCCCCGGUUUAUGAGACACUUUUCUCGGUGUACUGUGUAAUACGGACAUAUGUUUUUCGACUUGUCCCGAUUAAGUGAGACAGUGUACAUUUAUAAGAUUUUAUAUUGCUAAUAUGUGAUAUUAGUUAUAAAAAUAGUGCAAUUAUAUGUUCUAAAAUAUUGGCUAUUAUUAAAACCUCAAAUAUUUUUCUAAAAACUAAGUAAAAAGUAAAUUAUAAUAAAAAGCUGAGAUAAUGAAGCAUAAACAAAAUUCCAAAGUGAUAAAAACUCAAUCAUCAAAUUCAACCAAAGAAAAAAAGUGUUGUGUUCCAAAAUGAAUAAUAAAAUAGAGAAAAAAAAGUUAAAAGGAUUAAGUAUUUAUAAUUCGUCAAAUAUAGAAAAAACUCUAAAAGCAAUGGAAGACACAGAGUUGUCCUUGAGAAAAGCAGCUGCUGUUUAUGGAGUACCGAUUGCUACCCUUGCUAAAUGAAAAAGUAUUAGUCCUGAGAAGGCAAAAAUUAGAACUGGCCCGGUGACAGUGUUAUCUUUAAAAGAAGAGGAUGUUAUUGUUCAGUGGGUUUUGUACAGAGCAGUAAUAGGGUCACCUGUGACAAAAACUGAAUUAUUGAAGAUGUAUAACAAUCCGUUACUGUCUUAGACAGUAUCAUUUUAAUGGGAUAAACUGUGAACAAAAUAAUUUAAUGAAUGAUGGACAACUUUUUACGGUUAUACAUGAAUCUAGUCAAGUUAGUCUUCAAGAAUCAUCAAUUGAUAGCAAUAACGUAAUACGGAGCACUUCUAAAGACUUCAGUGAACACAGCCUAAUUGAUCUAACUAUCUCUACUGAUGAUACAAAUUUAGAUAUAUCUGCACAGCCCAGAGAGAUUAUAACAGAGCUCACAAAUAUUCAUUCUACAAAUCCUAUAAACAACAAAGUUCAUCAAUUAGAACUUAUGAUAGAAAAUUCAGAUCCUAUGCUUGCAAUGAUUGACAAAUAUCGUUCUAUUCACAAGAUUUUAUCAAUAACUGUUGAUAAAGAUAAAUGUUCCGAAAAACCUCCGAAAGAAAUAUUCACUUUGCCAUUGAAUUAUUUACCGAAGAAAAAAACAAUAAAAAUUGAAAAAACAGGCAAGUCAAAGUUAUCAUUUGUGGACACCUCUGAUGAAUGGUACAAACAAAAGUUAAAAAAAGAAAAGUUAAAAAACAUGAAAGAGGAAAAAUUUAACAAUAAAAAAAUAUUAAAAGAAGAAAACAAAAUUAAUGGCUCAAGAUCAGCGCCUCCAACAGCUAAAAGAGGUAAAUAA